GCCGGGGGCGGGGCCGGGCGGGCGGAAGUGGCAGGAGGACGCAGUAGCGGCGACCCCGGUCCGGAGGCCCCGUCACCCGCACAGGCCGGAGAGCUGCCCUGGAUUCAUUCCUGAUGGAACUAGAGCAAAACAUCCCAUCUUGACUGAAAAAUGGCCAGUGAUGGAGAACCAACCAUGGCCGUGGGCGGAGGUGGCCCCAUGCAGCAGGAGGGGGAGAAGAGCCGGGCCCGGCCCAGGAAGCCUGACAUGGCCCUGUACGUGCCCAAAGCACGACGGGAGAUGGCAGCCCCAGGAGUGGGGAGCCGGAGGGAGGAGGAAAACGGCCGCGUGCUGCAGAAGGAAGGCGCCAAAGGCCACGGCGAGAGGCAGAGCCCCAGCGCUGGAGCCCGCAAGCACGUGGCCAGAGAGGGGAGGAGGUCAGAGGGGAAAACAAGGAAGCGCGUACCCCUGGGGGACAGCAAACAGGGCAGUGCUCCAGGGCGGCCCGAAGGAGCCUCUGCCGAGGGCUGGGAUCAGCGUCGCACACUCCACCAAACCCAUCUGGCCCCAGAGGAGCAGCCGUGUGGGCGGCUGGAAACAAACCUCCACAGUGAACAGCUCAGCCCUCAGGAGCCCUGCCUGGGUCAGGCUCCUGCUCGGCCAGGGGGUAGUGAGGAGCAGGUGCCCAGCAAGCCAGGGCUCAGGGAGCUAAGCCGCAGGUGCUGGGAUUCAAGGACAGGUACUGGAACUUGUUCCCAUCUGUCGGUGGAAACAUCUAGUCCCCUGCUUGUGCUACCACGUGGAGGGGAAGAGCACGCUCAGGAGCAGAGGCCUGGGGGCCCACGGGCCCGGCGAGGCACUUCCCGUCAACCUAGGAAUGAGAGCAGUGAUGAAACAUCAGAGCAGGCAGGGGGGAGACCAGGUAGCACAUCUGAAUGUGUAGACAAGAGCAUUCCAGCUCCGAGCGGGGAGAGCACAGGCAGCGCGUGCGAGCUCAGAGGGGAGGGUGCCGCAGAUCCGAGCGGGGAGAGCACUGGAACUGCGUGCGAGCACAGAGGGGAGGGCGCUGCAGAUCUGAGUGGGGAGAGCGCAGGAACCGCGUGCGAGCUCAGAGGGGAGGGUGCCGCAGAUCCGAGGGGGGAGAGCGCAGGAACCGCGUGCGAGCUCAGAGGGGAGGGUGCCGCAGAUCCGAGGGGGGAGAGCACAGGAACCGCGUGCGAGCUCAGAGGGGAGGGUGCCGCAGAUCCGAGGGGGGAGAGCACAGGCAGCGUGUGCGAGCUCAGAGGGGAAGGUGCCGCAGAUCCGAGCGGGGAGAGCGCAGGAACCGCGUGCGAGCUCAGAGGGGAGGGUGCCGCAGAUCAGAGCCGGGAGAGCACAGGAACCGCGUGCGAGCUCAGAGGGGAGGGUGCCGCAGAUCCGAGCGGGGAGAGCGCAGGAAGCGCGUGCGAGCUCAGAGAGGAGGGUGCCGCAGAUCCGAGCGGGGAGAGCGCAGGAACCGCGUGCGAGCUCAGAGGGGAGGGUGCCGCAGAUCAGAGCCGGGAGAGCACAGGAACCGCGUGCGAGCUCAGAGGGGAGGGUGCCGCAGAUCCGAGCGGGGAGAGCACAGGAACCGCGUGCGAGCUCAGAGGGGAGGGUGCCACAGAUCCGAGCGGGGAGAGCACUGGAAUCGCAUGUGAGCUCAGAGGGGAGGGUGCCGCAGAUCAGAGUGGGGAGAGCGCAGGAAGCGCGUGCGAGCUCAGAGGGGAGGGUGCCACAGAUGAGAACGCAGGAAGCGCAUGCAAGCUUACAGGGGAGGGUGCCGCAGAUGAAAGCGGGGUGAGCGCAGGCAGCGCGGGCAAGCUUGCGGGGGAGGAUGCCACAGAUCCGAGCGGGGAGAGCACAGGAAGUGUGUGCGACCUCAGAGAGGAGGGUGCUGCAGAUGAGAGUGGGGCGAGUGCAGGCAGCGCGUGCGAGCUCAGAGGGGAGGGUGCCGCAGAUGAGAAUGCAGGGAGCGCGUGCAAGCUUACAGGGGCGGGUGCCGCAGAUCUGAGUGGGGAGAGUGCAGGAAGCGCAUGCAUGCUUACAGGGGAGGGUGCCACAGAUCCGAGUGGGGGGAGCGCGUGCAAGCUUACAGGGGCGGGUGCCGCAGAUGAGAGCACAGGCAGCGUGUACGAGCUCAGAGGGGAGGGUGCCGCAGAUGAGAGCGCAGGAAGCGCGUGCAUGCUUACAGGGGAGAGUGCCGCAGAUGAGAGCAGGGCGAGCGCAGGCAGCCCGUGCAAGCUUACGGGGGAGGGUGCCGCAGAUCCGAGUCGGGAGAGCGCAGGGAGCGCGUGCAAGUUUACGGGGGAGGGUGCCGCAGAUCCCAGUGGGGGGAGCGCGUGCAAGCUUACGGGGGAGGGUGCUGCAGAUCCAAAUCCCAGUGGGGGGAGCGCGUGCAAGCUUACGGGGGAGGGUGCUGCAGAUCCAAGUGGGGGGAGAGCGUGCAAGCUUACGGGGGCGGCUGCCGCAGAUCCGCCGUGCAGGAGGGCAGGGAGCGCUGCUGCCGCUUUAGCGGGAGGCCUGCGUGAGCAUGCCGGCGUGAGAGUGCGCAGCACAUCCCAUAGGACAGACUCUGGUACCGGGGCCCUGCCGGAGCGUGUGGCUGAGGCCAGAGGCAGCGCAGCGCAGCGUGGGACGGAGAUGCCCUGCGGCUCGGGUGCCCCCUGUGCACUUGGAGGUUCUGGGAGCACUGAGCGCAGCCGGUCUCUGGAGAUCCCAGGCAGCCGCUCGGCCGGGAGCUUGGCUGAGGAGGUGGACUGUCCAGGUGGGAUGGCGAGGCCAUCGCAUGGCUUGCGAGCGGAUGGAGAGCCGGGGACGGAGGACGGUGGUGUGACCGAAGGCGGCACGUCGGAAGCGCCUGAGCAGCCAAGUGCCGGAGCUCCGAGCGACAGCAGUGCUGCGGCAGAGGGGAGCUGGGACUCGCUCUUUAACGCCGAUGGAGACUGCCUGGACCAACGUCUGCUGCAAGAGCUGUCGGGCGGCGAGAAGCCCAGGAGCAGGCUGCAGGAGCCCCGCUUCGACUACUCCGGCUGGCAGCCCACUGAGCUGGACCUCAGCGACUCGGAGCUGCCCCACGUCAUCGAGAUCUACGACUUCCCGCAGGACUUCGGCACCGCCGACCUGCUGCGCGUCUUCUGCAGCUACCAGAAGAAAGGCUUUGACAUCAAAUGGGUGGACGACACGCACGCACUGGGCAUCUUCUCCAGCCCCGUCGCAGCGCGCGACGCCCUGAGCAGCAGGCACGUGAUGGUGAAGACCCGGCCCCUGGCGCAGGGCACGAGAGCGGCCAAGGCCAAAGCCAGGGCUUGUGCUGACCUCCUGCAGCCGGCGAAAGAGCGUCCGGAGACAUCUGCGGCCCUGGCCCGGAGGCUGGUGAUCGGAGCCCUCGGAGUGCGGAGCAACCAGAGCCGAGCCGAGCGCGAGGCCGAGCGCAAGAAGUUGCAGGAGGCCCGAGAGAGAAAGCGCCUGGAGAACAAGCAGCGGGAGGACGUCUGGGAAGGCCGGGACUGAGCCAGGGCUGCAGCGGAGGAGGCCGGAGCACCCAGGGCUGCUGGCAGGCGCUUGGCGGGGGGCACUGUGGUGCCGGGGGCUUCAGACACAGCACAGCCCAGUGCCAGCUGCACCCACACAGGCUGGCCGGGCUGUGUCGGUGGGGGAAGGGGAGAGGGGGCUGGCUGACAAACACAACAGCUGUUUGUAUUGGGACUCUUAGUGGGUGGGGGCUGGCGGGCCCUGCCGCCGGUGCGUGCGCCCCUGGGGGGGGGCCUGGCGGGCCCUGCCGCUGGUGUGUGGCCCUGGGGGGGGCCUAGUGGGCCCUGCCGCUGGUGUGUGGCCCUGGGGGGGGCCUGGCGGGCCCUGCCGCUGGUGUGUGGCCCCUGGGGGGGCCUAGUGGGCCCUGCUGCCGGUGUGUGUGCCCCUGGGGGGGGCCUAGUGGGCCCUGCCGCUGGUGUGUGUGUGGCC